GAAAGCACUUGAAGGAAAACCACUCAUCAAGCUGAUAUCCUUCCCAGAUGCUAAGGGGGUUGACAUCUAUGGAUUAUUUAUCUCUGUGAUAGGUGAAAACUAGUCAUCAUCAGGAAAAAAAAAAAAAAAACAUAAUGGCUGCAGUGAUGGAGAUGAACCCCACAGCAGGAAAGAGUAAUUGUUCCCAAGAAAUGCAAGUGGACAAGAAGCUCAUUCCUAGGAAAGUUCCAAGUUUAGGUUCUACUCGUUAUGUAAUAGCCUUCAUCACACAUCUCUGCAACUUCACACUUAAGGCACAAGGUGUUAUCAUGAAUAUCACCAUGGUAGCCAUGGUCAAUAGUACAGACCAUUGGUUCCAGUUUAAUGGUUCCACUGAGAUGCUGCCUGUUGACUCAUUUGAUAGCCAAAAUAAUGUUUCAAAGAGUCGUCCUGCAGAAGUUCCUCUUUAUGAUUGGAGCCCUCAAAUCCAGGGUAUCAUCUUUAGUUCUCUCAACUAUGGCGUAAUUCUGACACUGGCCCCCAGUGGAUAUAUAGCUGGAAGGAUAGGAACAAAGCGAGUGGUUGCUAUUGCUUUGUUUGGAUCUUCACUUUUCACACUUUUAACUCCUCUGACAGCUGGCCUUGGAUUAUUUUGCCUCAUUGUAACCCGAAUACUUCAGGGUUUAGCCCAGGGAUCAGGAUUGGGAGGUCAGUGUGCUCUUUGGGAAAAAUGGGGUCCUCCACAGGAGCGAAGCCGACUUUGUACCAUUGCUCUCUCAGGACUAAUGUUGGGAGUCUUUAUUGCCAUUCUCCUGGGUGGUGUCAUCAGUCAAGCAUUUGGAUGGCCUUUUGUCUUCUACAUCUUUGGAGGUAUUGGUUGUAUUUGUUGCCUUCUUUGGUGUUUUCUGGUCUAUGAUGAUCCCACUUCUCACCCAUGGAUAAAUAUCACAGAAAAAGAAUAUAUCAUAUCCUCCUUGGCUCAACAGGUCGGCUCUUCUAAGCCAUCUUUUCCCAUCAAAGCCAUGGUCAGAUCUCUUCCUGUUUGGUCCAUAUUUUUAUGCUGUUUCAGUAAUAAUUGGUUAAUUAACACACUGGUUGCAUACAUGCCAACUUACAUUAGCUCCGUGUUCAAUAUUAACAUCAGAGAUAAUGGGUUCCUGUCUGCCCUUCCUUUUAUUGUCUCCUGGGGCAUUGGUCUCCUGGGAGGCCAGCUGGCAGAUUUCCUUCUGACCAAGAAUGUUAGGCUUGUUACAGUGAGGAAAAUUGCCACAGUUCUAGGAAAUCUCCCCUCUGCAGUACUCCUUGUGGUCCUGCCCUAUCUCAACUCUACCUAUAUCACAACAAUGACUUUCCUGACUCUCUCUUGUGGACUAAUCCCCUUAUGUCAGUCAGGGAUCUAUAUCAAUGCCUUAGAUAUUGCUCCAAGACAUUCUAGUUUCCUCAUGGGAGCCUCCAGGGGAUUUGCCCAAACAGCAGCUAUCCUAGCACCCACUGUCUGUGGAUUUCUCCUCAGUCAGGAUGCUGAAUUUGGUUGGAGGAACGUCUUUUUAUUAUUGUUUGCCAUUAACCUAUCAGGACUAACCUUCUACCUUAUAUUUGGAGAAGCAGAUAUACAAGACUGGGCUAAAGAGAGGAAACUCACACGCUUAUGAAGUUAUUCCACCUUGAAGAAAAAACAUCACAAGGCACCUUAAUUCAUAAAUGAGAAAGCAUCAAUGAUGGAAAUAACAGAAGGAAUUUUGCUUGCUAUGACUUUUUUAAGCUAUGAGGCCAUUCAUUAUUUUACUCAGACUUAUUUUUCUUUUUGAGGAAAGCAUAAUGAAUAAAAUAAAAUGACAGGCAAAAGCAAAGUUGUCAAUGUUGUAGAAUUAGCAAAAGGUUCAGAGGAGAUAUUGCAUGGGUUCUAAUAGGCUAGAUUCAAAGAUUCUGGAACUUGAAAUAGGAAACAAUGAAACAUUUAAUUUAGAAUAUUAAUCUUAGUUCAUAAUUAGAAAAUAAAUGCUGAUAUAUUUGUUGGGCUGUA